CAAGUCUAGUCUUGUUACCAGUUCUCUGGGCUCGGUCCCUAUAUAUCAUUAAUGUUGUUGUCUUCCAGCUAUGUACAUACAUAGCACUGCCAGUGGUAGCGGCCUGCAACUCUUCCUAAUUAUUUCAGCUCUAUAUGUUAUGAACUGAAUGGAUCAGAAUUCAAGAUGGCCUGCCUAUUAUCAUAUAAUUCGUUGACCAUCUCACAGAGUGUGUCACAAGCCAGGUCUAGGGUUCUGACCUUAAUUCACAACUCUCAGGACUACUAGAAGUACUCCAGAGUCCAGUGACCUGUAACUUUCACUCCCAAACGUAUCCCAUUUCCUAUAAACAAUCCCUUGAGCAGACCCCUUGUAUUUGUCUCAAGCUAUCUCCCACACUCACGACACCCGAAGCGCCUAAACAUUUACACGUCGCAUGGCUGAAGAAUUAGACUUGAUGGCAGUACCUGCGGACUUUGUCAAGGAAGGAGGUGAUUGGCUUGCCAUAUUUAAUCCCCGCGUACCACGCCAGAUGGACGUGCAGCUUGCAGCGCGGUACGUUCAUGACGGCGUGGUGUGUAGUGUCAAGUUUUCCUUGGACGGGACAUUGCUUGCAGUAGGCACGGAGGGUGCUGUUGUACUGUACAACUUGAGUCUUGGGGAAAAGUUGACCUUCGCACUAGAGAAGAAUGCGGGAAAACCAAACCAUGCACGAACUGUUUGCAUCAGUCCCGAUGGAAAUUUCCUUGUCGCCGGUUCCGAAGACAAACUGAUAAGAGUCUGGAGUAUUACAAACCGCAUGUUAGUGCAUGCGUUGGAAGGGCACCUCGGCGAGGUAUAUGCGCUCGCGUUUACACCCGACAACAACACAUUGCUCUCAGCAUCCGGAGAUUGCACGAUCCGCGUUUGGGACGCAACUCAAUUUGCUGAGACCCUCGAUGCUAGCUCAAUUAUCCUUGAUGAAACGAUGGAGGCCGCCUGUCGUGUACUUCGCCCAGCCAGCCCUGGCGUCAAGCUUUCAUCCAAGCUCGCACUGACAUCUAUCGCUGUCGACUCGACUGGCAAGUUUGUUGCUGGGGGGUCACUGGAUGGGAAGAUUCGAAUCUGGAAGGUUGACGGCACCGGUGAUGACAGCGCGGAGCCGGUGGAAACAUUGUGUGGGCAUGAGGACGCAGUGUAUGGUGUGCAGUUUGUAGAGGGCGGAUUGGUAAGCGCAAGCGUGGAUCGAACGAUGAAACGCUGGGACAUAAGUGAGGUGGGUGUUGGUCGCGGAGAGUGUCGAAAAACUCUGCAAGGGCAUAAAGACUGCGUCCUCGCCACCUCCGUACUUCAAGUUGGAAGAGACCAACGCGUCGUGUCCUCGUCUCGGGAUGGGACGGUGCGAAUGUGGGACUUGAAGACGGGGAUGGUGCAGUUCGUGAUUCAGGGUCAUAAAAACGCUGUGACGACUGUCGAUCUUAGUAAGGACGGACAGCUGUUAGCAUCUGGUAGCGGCGACCGUGAAGUGCGGCUAUGGAGCUACUCGAUCCUUUGAGAAUGUUUCGGCAAGAACCCAAAUGGUUUUGGCCUCUAACAAACGGAUCGAUUGUAUGGGAGCUGCACCCACAGCGCGGUGUAGUGGACUCUGAUAAUUUAUGCGCAUGACCUAUCACUUGCAGAGCUGAUUGCCAGAUGGGUCUCAUACCUCUGCACUUAAGGUGCUGGGGAUCUAGAAGUACAACUUAAACUAACUUUGGUAACAUCAAACUAUUUUUCG